GAGAUGGCUGUGUAUGGCAAGGCUGCCAUCUACCUACGUAAGCCUGAGAGGGAGAGAAUCGAGGCCCAGACCAAGCCCUUCGAUGCCAAGACCGCUUGCUAUGUUGAAGACAAGGAGGAACUGUACCUGAAGGGUAUCAUCAAGAAGAGAGAUGGCGGCAAAGUCGUUGUUGAAGUUCUUGAGACAAAGGAGGAGCGGACAGUUAAGGAUGAGGAAGUCACCCCCAUGAACCCUCCCAAGUACGACAAGAUUGAGGACAUGGCCAUGAUGACCCACCUCAAUGAAGCCUCUGUCCUGUAUAACCUCAAAGAGCGUUAUGCAGCAUGGAUGAUCUACACCUACUCCGGACUUUUCUGCGUCACGGUGAACCCUUACAAGUGGCUUCCGGUGUACGACCCGGAAGUGGUCUCGGCCUACAGAGGCAAGAAGCGCAUGGAAGCUCCACCCCACAUCUUCUCUGUCUCUGACAAUGCUUACCAGAACAUGCUGCAAGACAGGGAGAACCAGUCUGUUCUGAUCACCGGAGAAUCCGGUGCCGGAAAGACUGUCAACACCAAGCGUGUCAUCCAGUACUUUGCAACAAUUGCAGUGUCUGGAGGCAAAAAGAAGGACGAGCCUGCAGCACCCGUGGCCACUUCUCAGUUGAAGGGCUCUCUUGAGGACCAGAUUAUUGCUGCCAACCCUCUGCUGGAGGCCUAUGGUAAUGCCAAGACCGUGAGGAAUGACAACUCCUCCCGCUUCGGUAAAUUCAUCAGAAUUCACUUUGGCACAACUGGAAAACUGGCUAGUGCUGAUAUUGAGACUUACCUGCUGGAGAAGUCUAGAGUGACCUUCCAGCUGUCUGAUGAGAGAGGCUACCACAUCUUCUUCCAGAUGAUGUGCAACCAGAAGCCCGAGAUCAUUGAGAUGGCUCUCAUCACCACCAACCCCUACGACUUCCCCACGUGCAGUCAGGGGCAGAUCACUGUGGCCAGCAUCAACGACAAGGAGGAGCUGAUUGCCACUGAUGAAGCCAUUGAUAUCCUGGGUUUCACUGCAGAGGAUAAAGUCACCAUCUACAAGCUUACUGGUGCUGUGCUUCACCACGGCAACAUGAAAUUCAGACAGAAGCAGCGCGAGGAGCAGGCUGAGCCUGAUGGCACUGAGAAUGCUGACAAAGUCGCUUACCUCAUGGGCCUGAACUCUGCUGACAUGCUUAAGGCUUUGUGCUACCCAAGAGUGAAGGUCGGAAAUGAGUUUGUCACCAAGGGACAGACUGUACCACAGGUACUGAACUCUGUGUCUGCCUUGGCCAAGUCCAUCUAUGAGAGGAUGUUCUUGUGGAUGGUCAUCCGUAUCAACCAGAUGUUGGACACCAAGCAGCCAAGACAGUUCUUCAUCGGUGUGCUAGACAUCGCUGGCUUUGAGAUUUUUGAUUACAACAGCAUGGAGCAGCUGUGCAUCAACUUCACCAAUGAGAAGCUGCAGCAGUUCUUCAACCACCACAUGUUCGUCCUGGAGCAAGAGGAGUACAAGAAAGAUGGUAUCGAAUGGGAGAUCAUUGACUUCGGUAUGGACUUGGCCGCUUGCAUUGAGCUGAUUGAGAAGCCCAUGGGUAUCUUUGCCAUCCUUGAAGAGGAGUGCAUGUUCCCCAAGGCCUCUGACACCACUUUCAAGAACAAGCUGUAUGACCAGCAUCUUGGCAAGAACAAUGCCUUCCAGAAGCCCAAGCCUGCCAAAGGCAAGGCUGAGGCCCACUUUUCCCUGGUGCACUAUGCCGGCACUGUGGAUUACAACAUCUCUGGAUGGCUGGACAAGAACAAGGACCCACUGAACGAGUCUGUUGUGCAGCUGUACCAAAAGUCAUCCGUGAAACUGCUGGCUGUUCUUUAUCCCCCGGUGACUGAGGAGAGCGGUGGUGGAGGCGGUGGAGGUAAGGGCGGCAAAGGUGGCGGUAAGAAGAAAGGAGGCUCCAUGCAGACGGUGUCCUCACAGUUCAGGGAGAACUUGGGCAAACUGAUGACCAACUUGAGGAGCACCCACCCCCACUUUGUGCGUUGCCUGAUUCCUAAUGAAAUCAAGAAACCAGGUUUGAUGACAAACCAUCUAGUUAUUCACCAGCUCAGGUGCAACGGUGUGCUUGAGGGUAUCAGAAUCUGCAGAAAGGGUUUCCCAAGCAGAAUCCUCUACGCUGACUUCAAGCAGAGGUACAAAGUGCUGAAUGCCAGUGUUUUCCCUGAUGGACAGUUCAUUGACAACAAGAAGGCUUCUGAGAAGCUCUUGGGAUCCAUUGAUGUUGAUCACACCCAGUACAAGUUUGGGCACACCAAGGUGUUCUUCAAGGCUGGUCUGCUGGGUAACCUAGAGGAGCUCCGUGAUGAGAAACUGGCAGCCCUGGUCACAAUGACUCAGGCUCUCUGCCGUGGAUUUCUGAUGAGGAGGGAGAUCUACAAAAUGACAGCAAGGAGAGAUGCCAUCUACACCCUCCAGUACAACAUACGUUCAUUCAUGAACGUCAAGCAUUGGCCAUGGAUGAAGGUGUACUACAAGAUCAAGCCUCUUCUGAAGAGCGCUGAGACCGAGAAGGAGCUGGCCAACAUGAAGGAGGACUUUAUAAAAUGUAAAGAAGACCUGGUCAAGGCUGAGGCCAAGAAGAAGGAGCUUGAGGAGAAGAUGGUCGCUCUGGUGCAGGAGAGGAACGAACUGUCACUACAAGUCUCCUCUGGGUCUGACACUCUGAAUGAUGCAGAGGAGAGGUGUGAGGGUCUGAUCAAGAGCAAGAUCCAGCUUGAGGCCAAACUCAAGGAGACAACUGAGAGACUGGAGGAUGAAGAGGAAGUCAAUGCUGAGCUGACUGCAAAGAAGAGGAAACUGGAAGACGAGUGCUCUGAGCUCAAGAAGGACAUUGAUGAUCUGGAGCUGACCCUGGCUAAAGUGGAGAAGGAGAAGCAUGCCACAGAGAACAAGGUUAAAAACCUGACAGAGGAGAUGGCCACUCAGGAUGAGUCCAUUGGCAAGCUGACAAAGGAGAAGAAAGCCCUCCAAGAGGCCCACCAGCAGACUCUUGAUGAUCUCCAGGCAGAGGAAGACAAAGUCAACACUCUGACCAAGGGCAAGACCAAGCUUGAACAGCAAGUGGAUGAUCUUGAGGGCUCCCUGGAGCAAGAGAAGAAGCUCCGCAUGGACCUUGAGAGAGCCAAGAGGAAGCUUGAGGGUGAUGUGAAACUGUCCCAGGAGAACAUCAUGGAUCUGGAGAACGACAAGCAGCAGGCUGAGGAAAAGCUGAAGAAGAAGGAUUUUGAAACAAGCCAGCUUCUCAGCAAGAUCGAGGAUGAACAAUCACUUGGAGCUCAGCUUCAGAAGAAGAUCAAAGAGCUUCAGGCCCGCACUGAGGAGCUUGAGGAAGAGAUUGAGGCUGAGCGUGCAGCUCGUGCCAAGGUUGAGAAACAGAGAGCUGAUCUCUCCAGGGAACUUGAGGAGAUCAGUGAGAGGCUCGAGGAGGCUGGUGGUGCCACCGCCGCUCAAAUUGAGAUGAACAAGAAGCGUGAGGCUGAGUUCCAGAAGCUGCGUCGUGACCUUGAGGAGUCCACCCUGCAGCAUGAAGCCACUGCUGCCGCUCUACGCAAGAAGCAGGCCGAUAGCGUUGCUGAGCUGGGAGAGCAGAUUGACAACCUCCAGCGUGUCAAGCAGAAGCUUGAGAAGGAGAAGAGUGAGUUCAAGAUGGAGAUUGAUGACCUCUCCAGCAACAUGGAAGCUGUUGCUAAGGCUAAGGCGAACCUUGAAAAGAUUUGCCGAACCCUUGAGGACCAGCUAAGCGAGCUCAAGGUGAAGAGCGAGGAGGGAGCCCGGCAACUCAACGACAUCAGCACUCAGAAGUCCAGGCUUCAGACUGAAAAUGGAGAGCUUAGUCGCCAGAUUGAAGAGAAGGAUGCUCUUGUGUCUCAGUUGUCCAGAAGCAAGCAGGCCUUCACCCAGCAGAUUGAAGAGCUGAAGAGACUGAAUGAGGAGGAAGUCAAGGCCAAGAAUGCCCUGGCCCACGCUGUUCAGUCUGCACGCCAUGACUGCGACCUCCUGAGGGAGCAGUUUGAGGAGGAGCAGGAGGCCAAAGCUGAGUUGCAGCGUGGCAUGUCCAAGGCCAAUGGUGAGGUUGCUCAGUGGCGGUCCAAGUAUGAAACUGAUGCCAUCCAGCGCACUGAGGAGCUUGAGGAGGCCAAGAAGAAGCUGGCUAUGCGUCUGCAGGAGGCUGAGGAGCAGAUUGAGGCUGUUAACUCCAAAUGUGGCUCUCUGGAGAAGACCAAGGAGAGACUCCAGGGUGAAGUUGAGGACCUCAUGAUUGAUGUGGAGAGAGCCAAUGCUCUUGCUGCCAACCUGGACAAGAAGCAGAGGAACUUUGACAAGAUCCUUUCUGAGUGGAAGCAGAAGUUUGAGGAGAGUCAGGCUGAGCUUGAGGGUGCCCAGAAGGAGGCUCGCUCUCUCAGCACUGAGCUGUUCAAGAUGAAGAACUCCUAUGAGGAGGCUCUUGACCAUCUGGAGACUCUGAAGAGGGAAAACAAGAACCUUCAACAGGAGAUCUCCGACUUAAGUGAGCAGCUUGGUGAGACUGGAAAGAGCAUUCACGAGCUGGAGAAGGCCAAGAAAACUGUUGAAUCUGAGAAGUCAGAAAUUCAGACUGCCUUGGAAGAAGCAGAGGGAACUCUGGAACAUGAGGAAUCCAAGAUUCUUCGUGUCCAACUUGAGCUGAACCAGGUCAAGGGUGAGAUUGAUAGGAAGCUUGCAGAGAAGGACGAGGAGAUGGAGCAGAUCAAGAGGAACAGCCAGAGGAUUAUUGAGUCCAUGCAGGGCACUCUGGACUCUGAGGUCAGGAGCAGAAAUGAUGCCCUGAGAGUCAAGAAGAAGAUGGAGGGAGACCUCAAUGAGAUGGAGGUUCAGCUGAGCCAUUCUAACCGCCAGGCUUCUGAAGCUCAGAAGAGUCUGCGCACUGUCCAGGGUCAACUCAAGGACGCCCAAUUGCACCUUGACGAUGCCUUGAGGGGACAGGAAGACAUGAAGGAACAAGUUGCCAUGGUGGAGCGCAGGAACGGUCUGAUGGUGGCUGAGAUUGAGGAGCUGAGAGCUGCCCUGGAACAGACAGAGAGAGGCCGCAAAGUGGCUGAGACGGAGUUGGUUGAUGCCAGCGAGCGUGUUGGGCUUCUGCACUCCCAGAACAUAAGUCUGCUGAACACCAAGAAGAAGAUGGAGGCUGACCUGGUCCAGAUCCAAAGCGAAGUGGAGGAUACUGUCCAGGAGGCCCGGAACGCUGAGGAGAAGGCCAAGAAGGCCAUCACUGAUGCUGCCAUGAUGGCCGAGGAGCUGAAGAAAGAGCAGGACACCAGUGCUCAUCUGGAGAGGAUGAAGAAGAAUCUGGAGAUCACUGUGAAGGAUCUGCAGCAUCGCCUGGAUGAAGCCGAGAAUCUGGCCAUGAAGGGUGGCAAGAAACAGCUCCAGAAACUGGAGGGCAGGGUCCGUGAGCUGGAGGCUGAGAUCGAUGGUGAGCAAAAACGUGGUGCCGAUGCCAUCAAGGGAGUCCGCAAGUACGAGAGGAGGGUCAAGGAACUCACCUACCAGACUGAGGAGGACAAGAAGAACAUGUUAAGACUCCAGGAUCUGGUCGACAAGCUGCAGCUGAAGGUCAAGGCCUAUAAGAGACAGGCAGAAGAGUCUGAGGAGCAAGCCAACGCCCACCUCUCCAAGCUGAGGAAGGUGCAGCACGAGCUGGAGGAGGCUGAGGAGCGCGCUGACAUUGCUGAGUCCCAGGUCAACAAGAUCAGGGCCAAGACCCGCGAUGGUGGAAAGGGCAAGGAGUCUGCGGAGUAAUGCCCCAGGUUUUUCUCCAGUCCUGUCACACUGUGAUAGCACACUAGACACAGUCUUAAAGGGGCAUUCCACCGGUGGAGACAUGAAUAUGUAUUGAAAGUGGGUCAUAUAUGUAGAUGUAGUAGAAUAGUAGCAUGCAUUUCUAAUUUGGUGCCUUCUUGGCUGAGAAAAGGCAGAAAAUUACGUUUUAGUGCUUGUGGACUUGUGACAACAAUCCCCAUAAUGCAUUGCAAUGCUCAAGUUCCACAGACCACACCCAGGCAGCUCUGCCAGUAGGUUCG